AGAGAGAGUGUGUGUGAGAGAGAGAGAGAGAGAGAGAGCGAGAGAGAGAGAGAGAGAGAGAGAGCAAGAAGAUGAGGAGACUCCUCCAGGACUCGCCUCUGCGUUGUCAAGCUCUCGUCUCAGUCCUGCCUGGAGUACUCUCCUCUCUAAGACCUCCCUUCUCCUCUCAGCUGCUUUCCUCUGCAUGAAGACCCCUGACAUUGGUGAUGUGAUGAAUAAAUUUGAAGUCCUUGGCAUUGUAGGCGAAGGAGCCUAUGGCGUAGUCCUGAAGUGCAGGCACAAGGAGACCAAUGAGCUGGUGGCCAUAAAGAAGUUUAAAGACAGUGAGGAGAAUGAACAGGUUAAAGAGACCACGCUGCGGGAGCUGAAGAUGCUGCGGACCCUGAAACAGGAGAACAUCGUGGAACUCAAAGAGGCUUUCAGGAGGAGAGGGAAACUCUACCUGGUCUUUGAAUAUGUGGAGAGGAACAUGCUGGAGUUGCUGGAGGAACUGCCUAACGGCGCACCACCUGACAAAGUGAGGAACUACAUCUACCAGCUGAUCAAAGCCAUCCACUGGUGCCAUAAGAAUGAGAUCGUACACAGAGACAUCAAGCCUGAAAACCUCCUCAUCAGCUCUGAGGAUGUUCUCAAACUCUGUGAUUUUGGCUUUGCCCGCAACCUGUCAGAGGGAACUGAUGCCAACUACACUGAGUAUGUGGCCACUAGGUGGUACCGCUCUCCUGAACUACUGCUGGGGGCCCCCUAUGGUAAGGCGGUAGACAUGUGGUCAGUGGGCUGUAUCCUGGGGGAGCUGAGCGAUGGUCAGCCUCUGUUCCCAGGGGAGAGUGAGAUAGAUCAACUCUUUACCAUCCAGAAGGUUCUGGGUCCUCUACCUGCUGAACAGAUGAAGCUGUUCUACAACAACCCUCGCUUCCAUGGACUACGGCAGUUUCCAUCAGUGAAUCACCCUACAACCCUGGAGCGGAGGUACCUGGCCAUCCUGAGUGGCCUCAUGCUGGAUCUGAUGAAGAACCUGUUGUUGCUGGUCCCUUCUGACCGCUACCUGACAGAACACAGUCUGAACCACCCAGCCUUCCAGCCCCUCCGCCUCCUGGAGCAGCCCGCCCCAGCACCACCCUCCCCUAACCCCCCACGCUCCUCCAAGAGGAAGCCCCACAGCCACAUGGAGAACACCGUGCCCACCAGAAGCCACGGCAGUAAGAGCUCAGGUCACCGUCACUCUAACAGUAAGGAAUGUUCCAGCCUGCCUCGCCAUGGCGACCUUCUCCUAGGCAACGACAGCUUCCUGAACGGCAACAAGCCUGUGUCGUCCAGCCUGAGCCCCACCCUCCACCCCAAGGCCUACAUGACCCAGACCCUCAACCGCUCCGUCUCCUAUAGUAAGGACUUGGUCAACAACAACAUGCCACACCUGCUCAGCCCCAAGGACACCAAGGGCACGACACAGUUUGACUUCAACCUGGUUGGUGUUGGGCCCCCAGGGGCCAAGGCUCCUGACCAGCAGGGCCCUGGAGCUAUGUAUGUGAAGUCCACCUCCCGUUCUCAGCAGCAGCAACAGCAAGUAGGGCAGGGACGACACUCUUCCUUUCUGGAGGGCAAGACCAAUACCAUGGAGAAACAACAUGGCCGCCACGGUGGACACAACAUAGACUCCACCCACAGCUCCUCCAAGAGUUCCAGCUCCUACCUGAGCCUGUCCAAGAGCCACAGCGCCCUGAGCAACAACGCCAAGUCUGUGGGUGGUAAUCCUGGUGAUGGGGUGAGGGGCAUGCACUCUGACGACCCUACGGCAACCGCUGGAAUCUCUGCCCGCUUCUUCCCUGCCAGCUGCCUGGACCUGAACCUCAACGCCCCCCCUGGAAGUCCCCAGGCCCCCCGCCACAGCGAACGCCACUCUUCUGGCCACGCCCCCCCUGGAAGUCCCCAGGCCCCCCGCCACAGCGAACGCCACUCUUCUGGCCACGCCCCCCCUGGAAGUCCCCAGGCCCCCCGCCACAGCGAACGGCACUCUUCUGGCCACACCUCCAGCCACACCGGCCACUCCUCCGGCCACAGCCCCUCGUCCCGCGGCAACAACCCCCGCCUGGAGAGCUCCACCCUGGACUCAUCCUGCCGACGCACUUCCUCCUCCAGACACAAAGCUCCAGAGGAGGCCAAGGCCCCGGGCCCGGAGCUUCUUGACCCAGGAGGAGAAGGGGACGGUGGGGGGAACCAUGGAGCUCACACCCUGGCCUCCCCCCAUGAGUCAUACCCCUACGGCCUGGGCUACACCAGUCCUUUCUCUUCCCAGCAAAGGCCCCACCGCCACUCCAUGUACGUGAGGAGGAGUGAGCGCCACAGGCCCCACGGAGGUGGGGUUGGAGGGGGUAGUGAGGGGGGCUUAGUGGUGGGGCAGGGGUUGCCCACCAGGGCUAGCAGUCUGCAGAUGCUCUCCCCCCAGCUUCAGCACCGCACCCUCACCAGACACUCCGUAGGACACUCUGUGGGAUCGUCCAGAGAGGAUUGCACUGACGACAUGGUCAGGAGUGAGCCGUCUUCUAAAGAGGUGGUGACCUCUCACCCCCGACCCCAGAUUAAAGACUCCACGCGGGACAACCCGGCCUCCUUUCACUCACAACGCCCUGCUAAGAACGAGGUACCAGUGGGUAUGUACCAUGAGCCCCACCCAGAGGAUCCAGUCUCCUCCAAGGAGAACCGGAUGAUCUUCAGUGACUCCAUGCCCAGACGGGUAGGAAGCUUCUACAGAGUGCCCUCUCCCAGGCCAGACAACUCCUCAUCCUUCCAUGAUGGUGGAGCUCAGAGGGAGAGCAGAGGACCGACGGGGCCAGGGGACCCAGGUGUCAUGAACAACCACUCCAAACGCCAGACUGCCUUUGACUGGAGUACUGCAGAGGCAAUGGUGAUGAACCAACCAGAGCCGGCGAAAGAGAAGGAGAAACAGGGUUUCUUCAGAUCAAUGAAGAAGAAGAAGAAGAAACCAACCAAUAUGACAGACAGAGUCGACGAUGGAAGGAACCCCAGCAUCAAGAAAUGCCUUUUCCCUCUGUUUAACUCAAAGAAUAGUUUAAAGCAUAACUCCUCUCAGAAAGUUCUUCCUGUAGUGCCAUCGCCCAUGGUACAACAUCAGUCUACUGCACCCUGCUCUACCUCACCAGUUCCUGGUGAUGGGCAGGACCACUUGUUUAUCCAGAAGGGGUCCAAGUCCUCCUCCUCGUCCUCCUCGCACCACGGCAGCCGGCGGAAGAACCGUGAACGCUCCCGGGAUAGGGAUCGUGAGCGCGAGCAGAGCCGAGACCGCGACAGAGAGAGAGAGAGAGAGAGAGAGAGGGAGAGAGGGAGACAGAGAGAGAGAGUCAGUGACUGGCCUCAGGAGAAACAGAACCAACCCUUGAAGUCCCUACGCAGACUCCUGCACCUCUCCCCCUCCUCCUCUUCCAGCCAACCCCCUCCUCCUUCCGACCUGCGAUUCCAGCACCUCCCCAACCCCAACCCCCCCGCCUCCUCCUCUAAAGGGGGAGUCUUCAGCGACGGGAGGGGUGACAGUAGGUCCCACCAGGGACACCCUAGCAGCAGCAGCUCCAGCUCUGGUCAGUCUAAGAGCCACCGGAAGCAGAGUUACCCCCUCCCGGGGCAGUUACAGGGGCAGAUUGAGUCCAACUGGCACGCAGUGGCCCUCGCCAGGGCAGAGGGGGCUCAGCCGUACCCCGACCAAAUGGUCGCCAACGGGCCCACCUUUACCAGGCCGUCAAGGUCACGGAUGCCAAACCUCAACGACCUGAAAGAGACAGCCCUGUGAGGAGAGCAUGGAAUUAGAAUUCUAUCACCCACCCAUUGACUUGAAUGGGGAUGUCCAUUCUAGGAAGAAAUAUGUCUAUGGAGGAGACGUCUCUCUUCCCUCAAGGCUCAUGUUGAUUAGGCACCAAACGGAAGAAAACAGACUGAAACAGGGAGGGAUAAAUGGACUACUGUCCAGUAAGAAAUGUUUAUUUUUGUGAUGUGUUGCGAAGCGUUUUAUAACGUUUUCAAUUGUGUGCCCUAAUGAAUAGGACUCUGGGCUCGCUACUGCCGCCUGCUGGCCGCCGGACGCUACUACAGCACCUAGGACCUUAGAGAUAGAACGGUUCCACUGUAUCUCUCUAAGUUUACUACUAUAUUACUGAACUGACAGGUGGACUGACUGGCCGGAAAGUCUUAACUUUUUUGAAGCUUCAAACAUUUGAUAGAAUUUGUAUUGAUAUUAUAUUAUAUUAUUCAUGAAAUUCCUUUUUAUUUGAUUUAAAUUAAAUUACUUUAUUUAACGAUAUGUAGGCCUAUAUGGAGAUUAAUGUAUUGUAGAAUGAUUAAUUGUGUAAUAUUGCAAGAGCUUUAAAAAGACAUGUAAAAAAGAUUAUGAGAUUCUAACUAUAUGUAAUAAUAAUUCAAUAUUUCAUCAAGAAUAUUUAAUUGUGGAGGUUUUUCAGAAUUUAUAUUUAUUGUUGUGACAGUAUAGCCUAUGUUUGUCCUGUCUAUUUACUUAGUCUCUUUAAUUUAUUUAUUUUAUCUGAUUUGACACUAAGUUAUGGAGAUAUAUGUAUGAUGGACAAAUAUUCAUCUUAAGACAAAUUAUAUCAUAUUAUAAUGUAUGAUAAAAUAAUGAGAUAAAAACUCACCUAUAUGGA